AUGGAUCAGUCCAUACAGAAUGACCUGAAUGCCCCUCACUCCAUGGGCACCACCAUCAUCGGCGUCACCUACAAUGGCGGCGUCGUCCUCGGUGCCGAUUCUCGAACCAGCACUGGUGUUUAUGUUGCGAAUCGGGCAUCCGAUAAGAUCACUCAGCUCACUGAUAAUGUCUACUUGUGCCGUUCCGGAUCGGCUGCAGAUUCUCAAGUUCUAUCAGAUUAUGUCCGUCAUUUUCUCCAUCAGCACACGAUACAGCAGGGACAGCCUGCAACAGUCAAGGUUGCCGCAAACCUUAUCAGGCUGUUCGCAUACAAUAACAAGAAUAUGCUACAAACUGGCUUGAUUAUUGGUGGUUGGGACAAGUACGAAGGAGGUAAAAUAUAUGGAGUGCCACUUGGAGGGACAAUUUUGGAGCAACCUUUUGCUAUUGGAGGAUCUGGCUCCACUUAUCUGUAUGGCUUCUUUGAUCAAGAGUGGAAGGAAGGAAUGACCAAAGAGGAAGCUGAGAUGGUGGUGAAGGCAGUUUCUCUUGCUAUUGCUCGGGAUGGUGCUAGUGGUGGUGUUGUUCGGACUGUCAUUAUUAAUUCAGAGGGGGUGACAAGAAACUACUAUCCAGGUGACACCCUUCCACUCUGGCAUGAGGAGCUAGAACCCCAAAAUUCACUGCUGGAUAUAUUGUCAUCAUCUGGUCCUGACAUGAUGGUAACUUGA